CUCUUCAAACAUGGCGGCCCUGGUGGGACGUAGAACCCUGGUGCAGCUCCUCAGACUGCAGGCGGCCGAGCGGGACGGUGCGGGCCGGCUGGGGGCGGCCUGCUCCGGGUCCAGACACUAUGUACUGUCCGGUAAAGCGGCCAACGCCUCUGCCCUGAACCGAACCGGACCCGCGAGCCGACAGUACAGCUCCGACUCCAAGGAUGACCUGCGAGUCCGGUACCUGGACGGAGAAGACGCCGGAAUUGUCGUUGUUGGGUUAAACCGACCAAAAGCCAAAAAUGCCAUCAGCAAGAAUCUGGUCAAAAUGAUGUAUGAGGCUGUGGAGGAUAUCAAAAAGAAUAACAAAGUGCGGAGCGUCAUCCUGUGCAGUUUAGCUCCUGGAAUCUUCUGUGCAGGUGCAGAUCUGAAGGAGAGGGCGAAGAUGCACCAAAGUGAAGUGGGGCCGUUUGUGUCCAAAGCCAGAGCGCUCAUCACAGAACUGGGUAACCUUCCUAUGCCGACAAUCGCUGCGAUUGAUGGAGCUGCUUUAGGAGGAGGCUUGGAAAUGGCUCUGGCUUGUGACAUCAGAAUUGCUGCUAACUCUGCCAAAAUGGGGUUGGUUGAGACCAAGCUUGCCAUCAUUCCUGGAGCAGGUGGGACGCAGCGUCUUCCCAGGGUGAUCGGCAUUCCUCAAGCGAAGGAGCUCAUUUUUGCCGCGAGGGCGGUGGACGGCGCCGAGGCGUGUCGCCUGGGCCUGGUCAACCACUCGGUGGAGCAGAACGACAGCGGGGAUGCGGCCUACCUUCGGGCCCUGGCGCUGGCCCGGGAGAUCAACCCUCAGGGUCCUAUUGCUAUCAGGAUGGCCAAACUGGCGAUUAACCAGGGGAUGGAGGUGGAUUUAUCAACUGGUCUGGCAAUAGAAGAGGCCUGUUAUGCCCAGGUGAUCCCCACUAAAGACCGUCUGGAGGGUUUGGCUGCGUUCAGAGAGAAGCGGCGUCCACACUACAAGGGCGAGUGAUGUACGCUCCUGCCCUCCUCCUCCUCUACCGCCGCUUUCCAACAUAUUUCGGGGUGAAAGUGUACACGUGGACGCUGUAACCUGUACAGUGGCCUGAAGGCACCACAUUCGGGCUGCUCUGGUGUGUAAAGCAGCCACUUCAAGGCUCCAGUAUUAAAUAGGUCGCCGGGUGAGUCGGGUAUCACAUAAGAUUUUUAAGAAAACCAAUCAAACUAACCACCGAUGGGCUGCUGCUUCUUUUAAAACAACU